UCAGCAGAGGUCAGUCUGCUAUGAAGAAAAAAAGGAAAUGUUUUGUUUUGAUUGUUUGCGUCCUUCUUGCUGUUCUUGCCUGUGAGGUGUAUAGAGGACGCCAUCAUGUCGUGGAGUUCACACUCUCUGCAUUUGCUAGCCUUAUGAGCGCUCUAACUGUUGAUUCGUUGGACAGGCUCAAAGGUUCCAAGGUUCUCUGCGUAUUUUCGUCGGGCAGAUUGGGAAAUCAGAUGUUUCAGUAUGCGUCUCUUUUAGGGAUUGCACUGAAAACGAACAGGAUACCGGUCUUUCUGGAAACGUCGUCUGGUUUACGAGAUGUGCUGCGUAAUACUUCGAUAAUUGACAAUUCUGUCAGAUACUCCAGCCAUUGCAACGAGAAUUUCGUACGGGAGCGCGUAUGUUGCAAAUCUUUCCCAGGAUUCUUCCAGCUGGAUCCAAACAAGAAUUAUAGGAUUGGACGCUACCUGCAGUCGUGGCGAUACUUCUUUGAACACGAGGCGGAAAUACGCCAAGCGAUGAAGUUCAAGGACUCUGUAGUGUCCCAGGCUCAGCAGGUGGUUGACAGCCUGCGACAGAAAUACAACCGUACGCUGACAGGCGUCCACGUACGCAGGGGAGACUACCUUUAUGUAGAACAUCAGGGAUAUAAGACAGCUCCUUUGACAUAUCUUUUGCACGCCAUGGAUUACGUCACAAAACGGUUCGGUGACGUCACUUUUGUUGUCUCCUCGGAUGACGUCAGAUGGUGCCAGGAACAGUUUGCAAACACAAGUGACGUCAUUGUGCUGUCGGCCAACUCAACGCCUGCUGUUGACAUGAUGACUCUUGCGUCACUGGAUCACAUGAUCAUGACGGUGGGCACGUACGGGUGGUGGGCUAGUUUUCUGAACCCCGGGGUCACCGUCUACUACCGAGACUUUGUAGAUCCGGGUACACCUCUAUCAGAAAGUUUCAACCCGAACGGAACGGACUUCUACUGUCCAGUGUGGAUUUCUUUGUCGUGAAUGACAUCGUCAUCGUCAUCAGUAGUGUUGCUAGUGAGGGCGUCGCCAAUACAUCCGGGACAGCCGUGUGGUGAUUUCACGUACUUAAGACACUACAAUCUCAUGUCAUCGUUUCUUACUUUCAAAUAUACUAGUUUUUAUAAUAUUUUUAUCAUCUAUACUCUUUAUAUGAUAUUUUAAAGAACUUUCCAUAACAUCUACAAGUCACGAUUUUACUCUGUGACAUUAUGUGGAAUUUUAACAGUCCUUAGUCGGAGGGUAUUUUUAAUAGGAAUAUAAAUAUCUUUUAUCUUUUCUGGUCCCUUGUGAUCCUCUAAACUGUAAAGAAAUCCUAGACAUUACAGAUUAGAAUCCCUUUCUCUAAUGUUUAUAUCACUGCUAUAAUAUAAUUUCCUUCAUCGUGUAUAUAAACUUUAAAAACUGAAAAUUCAAAAUUGUGAUUAAAUAGGAUUAGCAACCCACGUGAGGAAGAAGCAUAUGAAGCAAGAAGGCAAGAGUAACCGCAUUCUGCAGAAAUCAUUGUUUUGUUCCUGUGAACAUAUAUCACUUGACUGAUUUGCAUUGAAAACAAGUACCUUUGUUUACACACAGCGAGUGAUAGAUGCUUCUAAUUAAAGACUAUUGGAAUAGGGAAUAUAUCAAAUCAAAGCUACAAUUGGAAAUGCAGGACAUUACUUUACAUCAUCCUAAAAGUAAGAACAAUAUAAAUAGUAUGACACAAACAUUUAAGCAAAUAAGAAUUUUCACCUUGACAAAAAAUUUCCAUUCAUGCCUUCAUGAGUGGUAAUACAUUUCUGGAUCUCAUCUUUGUUCUUCAAUUUCUAAAUAAAAAAAAAUCUUUUUCUA